UCGAGUGUGUUCUAAAUCUAACACUGAAGCACAUCACAUCAUCAGCGAGUAGAGAAGAAACACACAGAAAACAAGGAAAGCAAUGCCUGUGAUCGCGGCAAAGCCCAACAAAAACCCCUCCUUAUACGUCCCCAAGCUCUUCCUCCUCUGCACCCUCUUCUCCAUUCUCUCCCUCGCCCUCUUCCUCUUCCUCAUCUUCCCCACCGCCACAACAACAACCACCCUCCACCCUUCUCUCUCUCCAUUCUCCUCUUCCACAAUCAACGUCUACGUCGCCGACCUCCCUCGAUCCCUCAACUACGCCCUCCUCCACACCUACUGGUCCUCUUUCUCCGAUUCCCGUCUCCCCACCGAUGCCGAUCACACCACUCCCCCUUCCUCCCUCCAUCGGACGGCUAAGAUUCCCCCUUACCCCGAGAACCCACUCAUCAAACAGUACAGCGCCGAGUACUGGAUCACGGGCGACCUCAUGACCCCUCCCCAACACCGCGCCACCUCCUUCGCGAAGCGCAUCCUCGACCCGCUUCUCGCCGACGUCGUUUUCGUCCCCUUCUUCGCCACGCUCAGUGCCGAAAUGCAGCUCGGCGCCAACAAAGGCGCCUUCAGAAAGAAGCACGACAACGACGAUUACAAGCGGCAGAGGCAGGUCAUGGACGCCGUUAAAAACACCCAUGCCUGGAACCGCUCCGGCGGACGUGACCACGUGUUUGUGCUAACUGACCCGGUGGCGAUGUGGCAUGUCAAGGACGAGAUUGCCCCUGCUGUUCUGCUUGUUGUGGAUUUUGGCGGUUGGUACCGGCUUGACUCCCGAGGUGGUUCAAACUGUAGCGAGAGUGAUGUGAUUCCGCACACGCAAGUUUCUGUGAUUAAAGAUGUGAUUGUGCCGUACACACAUCUGCUGCCCAGGUUGGACUUGUCGGAUAACAAGGAGCGGCACCAGCUUCUGUAUUUUAAAGGAGCUAAACAUAGGCACCGGGGAGGUAUAAUCAGAGAGAAGUUAUGGGAUCUAUUGGUUAGUGAACCUGGUGUUAUAAUGGAGGAAGGUUUCCCUAAUGCAACUGGGCGAGAACAAUCAAUAAAAGGGAUGCGAACAUCAGAGUUUUGCCUGCAUCCAGCUGGGGAUACACCCACUUCAUGCCGACUUUUUGAUGCAAUUCAAAGUCUUUGUAUACCUGUCAUUGUCAGCGACAACAUUGAGCUUCCAUUUGAAGGUAUGGUGGAUUAUGCAGAAUUUUCUGUCUUCGCAGCAGUUAGUGAUGCCCUGAAACCAAGCUGGCUAGUCAGUCAUCUUCAAAGCUUUUCAAAAGAGCAGAAAGACAGAUUCCGCCAAAAUAUGGCUCGGGUACAGCCCAUCUUUGUCUAUGAUAAUGGCCAUCCAGGUGGUAUUGGACCAAUACCUGCGGAUGGUGCAGUGAAUCAUAUAUGGAAGAAAGUUCACCAAAAACUGCCAAUGAUAAAAGAAGCCAUAAUUCGAGAGAGAAGAAAACCACCUGGUGUUUCAGUUCCACGGCGUUGUCAUUGUACUUGAAUUUAAGUAGUUCUUUAUAUUUUUCUACUUUUAAAGGGGCUAAGAUAUGGGUUAAUGUCUGGUUCGAUUUUCUUUCUUUUCUUUUUUCGGGUUGGGGGGCGUUUAAUUUUUUGGAUAGUGGGAUACUAAUGUGUAUGGUGUAGAAGUUAGUUGCCAUUGACCGUGAGUAGAGUGCUACUUAGUAUUUCAUUUUCGCUUCAUUCUUAUUGCACUUGAAUUAAUAUGUUACUACUUUCACUUGCAUAACAAAUCGUUGAUGUAUUGAAAUAUCAA